AUGAUGUCACAGUUUCACGAAGCGAUCGGCAUCGAGAGACAAGGACGCCGAGAGGCUGAUGGACAUAUUGCGGAGAAAGAAGAGGAGAACAAAGAACUUCGAGAAAGGAUAUCUGAACUCGAGCACGAGCUUGAGACGUCCGAAAGCCGUCGAGAUACCAUCUCCGAGAAUCUAAGGGAGCGGACGGAGGCAUCCAACCGACUUGAGCAGGAGCUAGAUCUCUGCAAGAAGGAAAAGCAAAGCGCUCUCGAUCAACAGAGCCAGAGUCAAGAAAUGCUCAAACAGUUGAAAGCUGAGCUAGAUGAAGCCCAAAAAAGAAACAACGACCUCCAAAUGGAAGCCAAAAUACGCGAAGAUGAAAUCCGGGUACUUUCUGAACAACUAAAGGACGAGACGAAGACUAAUACUCAACUCCAGAACAUGGCCACCGAGAUGCAGAAGGCAUGCGAAUCGGCCGAGGCAGAAAAACGGGACCUUCGGGAACAGCUCAACACUGCAAAUAGGGAAAAGUCCGACCUCGAUAUCGAGAUGGCACGAGCACGCGAAAGGUCUGAGGCAGGAAUGCAGAAACUUCGGGACCAGCUCAGCGCUGCGAAUAAUAAAAAGGACGAACUCGAGGAAAAAGCAAAUGCUAUGAGAAAUGAGCGAGACGAAGGUGAGACAAUGCGACAAAACGCGGCAGAAGAGCGCCGUGCAGCCGAAACCAAAAACAGACACCUACACACCCAGCUCAGUUUAUCUAAUGAGACAAUCACCAAACUAGAGAACGACAUAGCGACCAAACAAAGGGAAUACAACAGGAUAGAGCAAAAGUUUGAAAGGUAUCGCACUGAAGAUCUAUCAAUGAUCCAAUCUCGUGAUGAUGGUAUGUCCGAGAACGAAUACAACCAGGCCCAGGAGCACACAGAUAACAUUGAAGCAGAGAUAUCAACACUCAAAUCCGAAAACGAAGCACUGAGUAAAGAAAAACAGGACCUUACAGCACGAAACAUCUUCCUACAGCGAAAAGUCCUCCGAGUCUCCGUGCGGCUGCGAACAACCCAGCGACUUCUCACCAGCGAGAGAGCGAAUUCUAUGAAAUCUCGAAAGCAGAAAAAAUUCCUAUGCGCUGCGCUUGAUAAAUCCAAAGAAGAGCAAACCAGGUUAACAAUCGCCAAUAGAGACCUGGAAGCGCUGAUCCCGACCUUGCAAAACGACAUCGAAGACCUCAAAGAUUGUCAAGACUCCCCCGGGGCGACAGCUAGGCCAAAUAACCCCAGGACCCGAGAAAGGAAAAGAAACCGACAGGUGGGUCAGGUUCGUGAAGGGGGUCGUAUCUACAUGUGA